UCAGGGAUAAGUGGGAAGCUGAAGGACGACGCAGCGUGUUUCUGCAUCUCCACAGCCUUUGAGGGCACUUACCUGGACUCUUACUACAUCCAGGUGAAUAAUGUAAAGAACCCACAGAUUGUCCGUCACUCGAUCCCCGCCUUCAUCCCGCUGCACGACCUUGCCAAGGAGCACCUGCCGGCUGCCCUGAAGAAGCUCCUUCAUGUUUUGUUUGAGCGACUGAAUGGCUAUGCGGGGCGAAAGUUCCAGGCCGAUCGGGCAGAGAAAAUAUCUCCUGUGUAUGUGGAGGGGUCUCUGCAGAAGAAUUCCCUGUAUACUGUUCUCUCCUUCACUUACAACGUAACCGUAGAGGGUCAGAUUGUCGGCUUUGCUGCUAAAUUGCUCUACGCAGACCUCGCUGACACCCUUCCCACAGAGGUGAUGGUCACAUGUUCAGGUAACUGCAGUCUGAUUGGUCUUUGUGUUUUCUGUUGCUGUUUUUCUCCGCAUGGCAGCUUUAAAGAGAACCGGUAUGUGGAUUGA